AUGUAUCCCAGACUCCACCGCAUACCCGUCACCCUAUUAAACUGUGCCACGGACAAUAUCAUUGAUGAGUCCGAAAAGCGAAGUGACGAAGGAAAAAGCCCUGACUCGCAUGAUAAAGAAAAACCAUCGCGAGAAUUAAAAAAUAAUAAUGACAAAGAAACUAUAGGAACUUUGGAUGAAUACUCUAUUACGCCAACAGAAUUAGUUGACGAAACCACAGAAGCCACUUACGAUAAAGUCCCGAUCAAUGAGGAAGGAACUGAUAACCCAACGGAUGAAUCUCGAGAACUUACCUACGAUGAAACACCACUUACUCAAGAGAAUGCAAAAUACUGA